GCGUGUGGGUGUGAGCGGGAGGCGGGACUGGGCGCCUGCGCAGUCUGGGGGGCACGGGUGUGAUAGAGCUCACGUAGCUAGAGCUGCAGUCGCCGCCUCCUCGGCGGCGGCGCUGCAGCUGAGGCCUAGAGGUUAUAAAAGGGCUAACGGGCUCCCUCUGCUGCCCAGUUGCGCCGCCAGCGGGCUGAGGGCCGGGAGUGGGUAACAGGCCUGGGAGAAGGCGCCGGGAAGACCAGAGCGAGCCACCCUCCUGUUUCCCUUUCCAGGUGUGUGAACUUGUAAAAUUAAAUCAUCCAAGAUGAUCUGGCAUAUUCUAAUUGUAGGGAUUCUGCUUCCCCAAACUUUGGCCCAUCCAGGCUUUUUUACUUCAAUUGGUCAGAUGACUGAUUUGAUCCAUACUGAGAAAGACCUGGUGACUUCUCUGAAAGAUUAUAUUAAGGCAGAAGAGGAUAAGUUAGAACAGAUAAAAAAAUGGGCAGAUAAGUUAGAUCGGCUAACUAGCACAGCAACAAAAGAUCCAGAAGGAUUUGUCGGACAUCCUGUAAAUGCAUUCAAGUUGAUGAAACGCUUGAAUACUGAAUGGAGUGAGUUGGAGAAUCUGGUCCUUAAGGAUAUGUCAGAUGGGUUUAUCUCUAACCUGACCAUUCAGAGACAGUACUUUCCUAAUGAUGAAGAUCAGGUUGGGGCAGCCAAAGCUUUGCUGCGUCUCCAGGACACCUACAAUCUGGACACAGAUACCAUCUCAAAGGGUAAUCUCCCAGGAGUAAAACACAAAUCUUUCCUAACGGCUGAGGACUGCUUUGAGUUGGGCAAAGUGGCCUACACAGAAGCAGACUAUUACCACACUGAAUUAUGGAUGGGACAAGCCCUGAGGCAGCUGGAUGAGGGUGAGGUGGCCACCGUGGACAAGGUCUCUGUGCUAGAUUAUCUGAGCUAUGCCGUAUAUCAGCAGGGAGACCUGGAUAAGGCCCUUCUGCUCACAAAGAAGCUUCUUGAACUAGAUCCUGAACAUCAGAGAGCUAAUGGUAACUUAAAAUAUUUUGAGUAUAUAAUGGCUAAAGAAAAAGAUGCCAAUAAGUCUGCUUCAGGUGACCAGUCUGAUCAGGAAAGCACACCAAGGAGAAAAGGGAUUGCUGUGGAUUACCUGCCAGAGAGACAGAAGUACGAAAUGCUGUGCCGUGGGGAGGGUAUCAAAAUGACUCCUCGAAGACAAAAAAAACUGUUUUGCCGAUACCAUGAUGGAAACCGAAAUCCUAAAUUUAUUCUGGCUCCAGCCAAACAGGAGGAUGAGUGGGACAAACCUCGUAUUAUUCGCUUCCAUGAUAUUAUUUCUGAUGCAGAAAUUGAAAUUGUCAAAGACCUAGCAAAACCAAGGCUGAGGCGAGCCACCAUUUCAAACCCAAUAACAGGAGACUUGGAGACGGUACAUUACAGAAUUAGCAAAAGUGCCUGGCUGUCUGGCUAUGAAAACCCUGUGGUGUCUCGAAUUAAUAUGAGGAUACAAGAUCUAACAGGACUAGAUGUGUCCACAGCAGAAGAAUUACAGGUAGCAAAUUAUGGAGUUGGGGGACAAUAUGAACCUCAUUUUGACUUUGCACGGAAAGAUGAACCAGAUGCCUUCAAAGAACUGGGGACAGGAAACAGAAUUGCCACGUGGCUAUUUUAUAUGAGCGAUGUGUCUGCAGGAGGAGCCACUGUUUUUCCUGAAGUAGGAGCUAGUGUUUGGCCCAAAAAAGGAACUGCUGUUUUCUGGUAUAACCUGUUCGCCAGUGGAGAAGGAGAUUAUAGCACACGGCACGCGGCCUGUCCAGUGCUAGUUGGAAACAAAUGGGUAUCCAAUAAAUGGCUGCAUGAACGUGGACAAGAAUUUCGAAGACCCUGCACCUUGUCGGAACUGGAAUGACAAACUGGCCCCCCUCCCCUCCUGUUGUUGUACUCUAACGUGUCUGAUGCACACAGUUCCUGGUCUUAACUUUCAGGGUUUACAAUUGACUAACACUCCAUGAUUGAUUCAGUCAUGAACCUCAUCCCGUGUUGCAUCUGUGGACAAUCACUUAGUUUGUUGGUUUUCUCUUUUACAAGUAACACUAAAUCACCACAUUUGAUAAAAAGCUUAAAAAUUCAGUUGGUAUAACAAAGGCAAUUUUUUGGUUGGGCAGAUAUAAUUGAAGCAUCUGUUUUAGUAUUUCAUGACAUCUGGACUGAUGCAUGGGGGGCCAGAGCGGGCUGUGUGGCGGAAGCAGGCGUUUCCGGGUGGGUGGCUAGGGGUCCUGUUGGCCCGGUCUUGUUUUCUGGACCUGCUUAAACCCAAGUAAUAAACCAGGAAUCCCAUCCGGGCUGUAGGUGAUGUUUGCCCCUCCAUACAUUAUUGUAAGUUGAGUUUUCCCCUACAUCCUCUUAAAGAAAGUACAUUGUAUUUUGCCAAUCCUCUUCUCUUACAGCUGCUCUGUGGUGAAGUAAUCCUGUUUGAGUUAAAAUACUUCAGUCUUUUAAAAACAGAAAGUCCUGCGUAACAACAGUAGACCUUCUUAACAUGCUCGUUAGUCUGUUCCUCUUUCUCUUGACUGACUGAUGAUUUUUUUCCAGAAAUUUUGCUUUUUUGCCUCUUAUUCUUACUACAGCAGGGUGGUGAUACUGGCAUUCUGGUUAAAUAUUGUGCCUUAGGAGACUGGAAGUUUAAAAAUGUACAGGUUCUUUCAGUGAUGAGGGAAUUGAUUUUAAAAGAAAAUCUUUUUUCUUAAAAAGCCAAAAUGUUUGUUUUUUAAAAAAUUCUGAAAUGUGUUGACAACAAUAACCUAUUUAUGAUCGUAAAUCUUUUUUUAAAAAUG